UUUAUUGGGUUUGUUUUUUGUUUUACAUUACGAGAAACGGUCAAAACAUCUUAACCAUUACUUGACAUAAAAGUAAAUGGUGACUUUUUUUCCAUUCAAGCAUUCUUCUUUGGAACUUAUAUAGUUAGUAGCAAUCAUAUAAACCCAAAACUACGUCGUACAAGAUCGUGUUUUUGGCUCUCAAACUCCUGUUCACUAACACUUAACCCUGUCUUCUGGUCCCAUUCCUCAUCUGAAGUUUUGAUCAUUAACUGUUUGUUAAUUUUCUUUGGUCACUUUUCACUCUUGUUGCCUUGCCAUGGAACCUUUUUCGUGGAGUUCAGGCGUUUCUAACUCUGAUUUUGAGAUAAGAAACGAUGGAUACCUGGGAAAUUCUUCUAUAAGAUGUGGGUUGGUUUUGGAUAGCUUGAAAGGAGAGCUUGUAGAGGCUCCUGCGAAGUUGGAGCGAAAAGGGGUGUCGGCCGAGAGAACUAUUGAGGCUUUGAAGAACCAUAGCGAGGCAGAGAAAAGACGCAGGGCUAGAAUAAAUUCACAUUUUGAUACCCUUCGGAACCUAACACCUGGUGCAAAGAAGAUGGACAAGGCAUCAUUGCUUGCCGAAGUGAUAAGCCACUUGAAAGAUCUUAAGAGGAAAACAGCAGAAACGAGUGAAGAUUGUGCUAUACCUAAAGAUUUUGAUGAAGUAAAAGUGGAGCCUGAGGAUGAAAUGGAAGGAAGGCCUUAUUCAAUUAGAGUAUCUCUAAGUUGUGACUAUAAACCUGGGCUUCUAUCUGAUUUAAGACAAGCACUUGAUGCUUUACAACUGAUAAUAAUGAGGGCUGAGAUUGCAACCUUAGGAUGUAGAAUGAAGAAUGUCUUUGUUAUAACCGCCUGCAACGAAGACAAGGUUCAUGCAAGGUCUAUCUACCAGGCUCUUAGGUCUGUACUCGACAAGUUUGCUGUUUCAGAACAGUUCAUUGGAGCUACACUUUCUAACAAGAAGAGAAGAGCUUCUGUAUUCAUUCCUUAAAGAGUUUAUCUUCAUGAGGAGAUAUUUGGUGUAUGUAUGUAUCCAAUUGCAUAGAUUUUAGUCAACCAAAUGCAUAUACUUCAGACAUGAAUGAUAUUGAUACUGGUAUAGUUAGAAAUAUCUGUGUUUUCCUUUUCUUUCUUUAGUAUAUUCAUGUAGAUGUAUAUUCCAAUGUCUUAUUCUCUAAAAAAUAAUUUGUUGUAAUAUGAAUUGAAUAGUAGAAAGAAAGUUUGUUGUAUUGGACAUAAUUUGCAUA